UAACUCAGAGGUGAAGAAAAAAACUUAACAGAUUGUAUACCAGGGAGGUUUUCCUAGAUUACAGAAAUCUCUGGGUUUCAUGAUGAGAGUGUGUCUCCAUCUUUGUCUUUCUAUCCUGUGGCUGAACGUGAAGGGCUCUUUGCAACAGCAUGAUCCCACUUGUGAAGUUGCCGUGAUGGACACUCGUCUCUUUGUAGCCGGUUUACCGCCACCAAAUCAACCAAUUCAAGCUGGACAUAAAUUACAUUUUCACUGCAGUGAUGAGUAUAAACUGCAAGGUUCAAAGGAAAUUGAGUGUUUGCAAUCUGGACAGUGGAAUUCCCCUUUCCCAGUCUGCUCUGAUCCCACUUGUGAAGUUGCCGUGAUGGACACUCGUCUCUUCAUAGCUGGUUUACUGCCACCAAAUCAACCAAUUCAAGCUGGACAUAAAUUACAUUUUCACUGCAGUGAUGAGUAUAAACUGCAAGGUUCAAAGGAAAUUGAAUGUUUGCAAACUGGACAGUGGAGUUCCCCUUUCCCAGUCUGCUUUGCAAUAAAAUGUGACGCCCCGGCUAGCAUUGAUCACGGUCGUGUGUCUGACAAUCACAAAGAGUUCAAAGAAAAUGAAGAGUUGAAUUUUGUCUGUGAUAAGGGAUACACACCCAGGGACAGAAGACCUUCCAAAUGCACACAAUUUGGAGGACGAGCAGACUGGUCCCCCACACCUGAAUGUAGAGAAAUAAAGUGUGAACUAGUUCUGCCAUCUGAGAGAAGCACAUAUAAUCCUCCAAACAAAAAUAUGUUUUCACCUGGUGAAACUGUAGAAGUCACAUGUGGGGAGACUGACUGGGUUUCGAACCAUCAAACUACCAAAGCGGUGAUUACUUGUAAAGAUGACGGAGAAUGGACGAGCCGACCAGAGUGCAGUGAGUUUUUUUGUAAUGACCCAACAAGGGAACAACAGGUGUAUAACUGGCGUGCCACUAGAGAACAAAAGAGAUUACGUGGAUAUGUAAGAUAUAGCUGUAAUGCUGGCUUUGAACCACGGGGCGCCACUUGGGCUCAGUGCACAAGAGAUGGAUGGAUACCAAAACCACUUUGUGCAGGGACAACGUGUUAUAAACACAUCAUUGAAAAUGCAGACAUUAUCCAGAAUGACAGGUCUUCUUACAGAAAUGGUGACAGAGUCAUGUACAGAUGCUUGAAUGGGGAUCAAGAAACUUUCUUUCUUACUUGUCAGCAAGGACAUUGGAAUGGGAUUAGGACCUGUCCAGGGAUUACAGAAUACUGUGAAAUAUUACAAGAUGACAAGAUCACACUUGAGCCAACCCAAACUAAAGAAAGAUAUGCAGAUGGAGACACACUUGACUACAGAUGCAAGGCUGGUACAAAAGAAGGCGCUGCAACUUGUACCAAUGGCAGGUGGUCUAAAACUGUAGAAUGUCAAGAAUACUGUGAAAAAUUACAAGAUGACAAGAUCACACUUAAGUCAACCCAAACUAAAGAAAGAUUUGCAGAUGGAGACACACUUGACUACAGAUGCAAGGCUGGUACAAAAGAAGGCACUGCAACUUGUACCAAUGGCAGGUGGUUUAAAACUGUAGAAUGUCAAGGUUUAGUAGGUUGUUUGACUCCGCCAUUCCUUGAUAAUGGAGACUACUUGGAAAGCAAAACUGAGUUUGCACAUAACGAGAGAGUUGAAUACAGAUGUCAGCAAUACUACAAAAUGGAGGGUGAACCGUACAAAACAUGCAAGAAUGGUAACUGGACUGGAGAGAUGAGAUGUCUCAAACCCUGCACUGUCAGUCAAGAUAACUUGAAUGACAAUAACAUUGAUUUCAAAACACCAGGAUUAAAUAAACUAUAUUCAGAACAUGAUGAUCACAUUACAUUCAAAUGUAAAUAUGGAUUUCAACGUGUCGGUGAUGUAGUAAUGCGUCAGAGGUGUAAUGAUGGUGAGAUGGCCCUGCCCACCUGCCAGAGACGUCAGUGACUUCAGCUUAAUUAAAAUGUGCAGCAAAACCAACAGCAAACAUAAUCUGAUUCAUUGCUGUGUGUGGUCAUACUAAUAAAAUCAUAUGUGCUGAAUCUUUUGUCUCUUCAUGAUUAAUAAAUAAAAUUUCAUAACACAACAAAUGUUAUUUGAUAA